AUGGAACACCAAGUCUUUCCCUUGGAAUCGGCUACUGAGAAUGAUCUGGAUAAACUCCAAGAGAUGUUAAAUGAUUUAUGGGAAAAAAUAAGUAAGACUGAAAUUGUACUAGCUGAGGAGAAAGAGAAGUAUACAUGGAGUAAGGCAAAUGUGCAGAUUAUGAAACAGGCUGUUGUAACAAAAUAUAGUAGAAUGUACCAGUUCUUGAGGGAGGAAGAACGGCGGGAGCUAGAAAGACUGGACAAGAAAGAAAGAAAGAACUUGGAAAAAUUAAAGAAGAUUGAGUUAAAACUGUCCCAACAAGUUCAAGACCUACAAAGAAUGGCCAUACAGCUAGGAAUGGAUUUUAAGAAGCUAGAUUUGAAAAUGGUCCUGGAUGUGAAAGACAUAUUGAAUAAGAGUGAAGCGCUGCUACUUCAAUAUCCACAAGAUGAUUUCCCCAAAUGGACAAUGUGCCACAUCACUGGACUGAGGGAAAUGAUGAUGACCUUCCAGAGAGAUAUAAAACUGGAUCCUGAAACAGCCAAUCCCUAUCUCAUUGUGUCUCCCGAUCUGAAGAGCGUGAAACACUUGUGUGUCCCCCAGAAUGUACCUGACCACCCAAAGAGAUUUACCUAUUCUGCCACGGUGUUGAGUGCUCAGAGUUUCACCUCAGGUACACACUACUGGGAAGUGCAGGUGGCCGGCAUGACUGAAUGGGAAGUGGGGGUCUGUAAGGAUUCCAUUAACAGGAAGGGGAACCCCCCAUUGUUACCUGGAGAACUGAUUGCCCUGAAAACCUUCAAAGUUGGAGAUAACUUCUGCCUUGCAAACUCACAAGUUGAGGGUAACUUUCACAUAAAGAAGCCCCUGCAAAAGAUUGGCAUUUUCCUUGAUUAUGAAAGUGGACAUAUAUCAUUUUACAAUGUUACAGAUGGGUUGCUUAUCUAUGGUAUAUCAGCUAUUGCCUUCCAAGGACCUCUUCAGUCCUUCUUCUCUCCUUGCUUUCAAAAUGAAGGUGACACCUCCAGGUCUCUUGUUAUUUGCCCAUGUAUCCCCAAUUCUUAG